AUGUGGCAGGACGCUCUGUGGACCCGCGGACGCUACCUGCUGGAGAAGAGCGAUGGAGGCGAGGGGCCCGAGGGGCCCGAGAGCCUGGGGGACGGGUUCCCGGGGUUCCAGGGUGAGGUGUGCGCGGAGGGCGAGAAGCCCCAGGACUGGCUGUACGAGUCGUACUACCGAAUGAGCCAGCAGCACCCGCUGAUCGUAUUCCUGCUGCUGAUCGUCAUGGGAACCUGCCUCGCACUGCUGGCGGUGUUCUUUGCUUCAGGACUGAAUACAGAGGACCACUUGACGUUCUUGAUCACAGUGCCCACUGCGCUCUUCCUCUUCCUGUCCAUCUUCAUCCUCGUCUGCAUCGAAUCUAUCUUCAAGCGGAUGCUUCGCCUGUUCUCGCUGCUAAUAUGGGCCUGUCUGGUCACCAUGGGUUACCUCUUCAUGUUCUCUGGAGGGAGACUCAGCCCCUGGGACCAGGUCUCCUUCUUCCUCUUUAUCGUGUUUGUUGUCUACACCAUGCUUCCCUUCUCCAUGAGAGGGGCCAUUAUCGCCAGCGGAAUCACCUGCUUCUCACACACUAUCACUCUCAGUGUCUGUCUGACCACCCGCGACACAGACCUGGAGGAUCCUUUAGUCUGGCAGAUCUUAGCCAAUGUGAUAAUCUUCACCUGUGGAAACCUGGCUGGGGCAUAUCACAAGCAUCUGAUGGACCUGGCACUCAAACAGACCUAUCAGGACACCUGCAACUGCAUCAAGUCUCCCAUCAAGCUGGAGUUUGAAAAGCACCAACAGGAGCGCUUGCUGUUAUCCUUACUGCCUGCUCACAUAGCCAGAGUGAUGAAAGCUGAGAUCAUCCAGAGGCUUCAGGGACCGAACUUCGGUCGAACCGAGAGCACCAACAACUUCCACAACCUCUAUGUGCAGCGGCACACCAAUGUCAGCAUUCUCUACGCAGACAUUGUGGGCUUCACCAGGCUGGCCAGUGACUGCUCCCCAGGCGAGCUCGUGCACAUGCUGAACGAGCUCUUCGGCAAGUUUGACCAGAUCGCGAAGGAAAAUGAGUGCAUGCGAAUCAAGAUCCUGGGAGACUGUUACUACUGCGUGUCUGGCCUGCCCGAAUCACUGCCUGACCACGCCAGGAACUGCGUGAAGAUGGGCCUGGAUAUGUGUGAGGCCAUCAAGAAGGUCAGAGAUGCCACUGGAGUCGACAUCAACAUGCGUGUUGGCGUUCAUUCUGGAAAUGUCCUCUGUGGCGUGAUUGGCCUCCGGAAGUGGCAAUAUGAUGUGUGGUCACAUGAUGUAACGCUAGCAAAUCACAUGGAGGCUGGAGGUGUGCCUGGGAGGGUCCAUAUCUCUUCAGUGACACUGGAGCAUUUGAAAGGCUCAUACAAGGUAGAGCCUGGAAAUGGACAGACCAGAGAUUCCUACCUAAAGGAACAUAAUGUGGUCACCUACCUGGUCAUCAACCCCAAGACCGACAGGCACAGCCCGCUGCUAGGCGUACGCUCUCGUCCCUCUCUGGACAGCGGGAAGAUGAGAGCAUCUGUCAGGAUGACCCGAUACUUGGAGUCCUGGGGAGCUGCCAAACCUUUCGCCAAUCUCCACCAUCGAGACAGUAUGACCACAGACAACGGCAAAAUCAACACCAGAGACGUUCCAAUGGGCCAGUACCACUUCCAGAUGAGACGAGAAAGGUCCAAAUCCCAGAGGAGGAGGUUUGAAGAAGAACUCAAUGAACGGAUGAUUCGCACCAUUGACGGCAUUAACUCACAAAAACAGUGGCUGAAGUCUGAAGACAUCCAGAGGAUCUCAUUGUUCUUUCACAACAAAGCCCUGGAGAAAGAGUACAGAUCCACCACAUUACCAGCCUUCAAGUACUACGUCACCUGCGCCUGCCUCAUAUUCUCCUGUAUAUUCAUAGUGCAGGUCCUCGUCUUGCCCAAAACUGCUGUGCUCGGGAUCUCCUUUGGGAUGGCAUUCCUGUUAUUGGCUUUGAUCCUGCUCCUUUGCUUCGCUGGUCACAUUCUGCAGGGAAGGAAGGGGUCCUUCUGCUCUCUUACAUGGUUUCCGACUUCUUCUCGCAUCAUCGUCACCAAUAACCCCUGGCUGCGAUUGGUCCUCACCAUGACGACCACUGCUCUCGUGCUGGUCAUGGCUGUCUUUAACAUGUUUUUUGUGGAGGAUCCUGGGGGACCUGUGGAUGACAUCCUGCCAACUGUGAAUCUAACCAAUAACAGCCAGCUGGACUACAUGGUGGACAACACAGGCAAAAACAAAUUUUACCUGCCAUACUUUAUCUACUGCUGUAUACUGGGCUUGGUGUCAUGCUCCGUGUUCUUGAGGAUCAACUACGAGCUGAAGAUGGUGGUGAUGCUGGUCGCCGUGGUAAUCUACAACAUCAUCAUCCUCCAGACACAUGCAACUCUACUGGAUGGAUUUAACAAAGCCUUAUACCGCACAGAUAAACCAGAUAGACCGGGAGUCCUGAAGGAUCUAAAGACCAUGGGUUCUGUAUCUCUGUUCAUCUUCUUCAUUACGCUACUGGUCUUAGCCAGGCAGAAUGAAUAUUACUGUAGGUUAGACUUCCUGUGGAGAGACAAGUUCAAGAGGGAGUGUGAGGAGAUCGAAACCAUGGAGAACCUCAACCGGGUUCUGCUGGAGAACGUCCUACCAGCUCACGUGGCCGAACACUUCCUGGGACGAAACUGGAAAAAUGAGGACCUUUAUCAUCAGUCGUACGAGUCGGUGUGUGUGAUGUUCGCCUCCAUCCCAGACUUCAAAGAGUUUUAUACUGAGUCUGAUGUCAAUAAGGAGGGACUGGAGUGUCUCCGUCUUCUCAACGAGAUCAUAGCAGACUUUGAUGAGCUGCUGUCCAAGCCAAAAUUCAGCGGAGUGGAGAAGAUUAAGACCAUCGGUUCUACCUACAUGGCUGCGACUGGACUCAACGUGACGCCAGGACCAGAGUGUGCACAGGAACACGACAGACAGUACAUGCACAUUGGCACAAUGGUGGAGUUUGCAUUUGCUCUCGUUGGGAAGCUGGAUGUCAUCAACAAGCACUCUUUUAAUGACUUCAGACUGCGGAUCGGCAUAAACCAUGGGCCAGUGAUUGCAGGAGUAAUUGGGGCCCAGAAGCCUCAGUAUGACAUCUGGGGAAACAGUGUGAAUGUGGCCAGUAGGAUGGAAACCACUGGGUUGCUGGGAAAAAUACAGGUAACAGAGGAGACACAUGACAUCUUAACAAAAUUAGGGUACAUGUGUUCGUGCCGCGGCAUCAUCAAUGUGAAGGGUAAAGGAGAGCUGAAGACCUACUUUGUUCACACAGAGAUGACCAGAUCUCUGUCACAAGGGACCGUGAUGCCUUGAGCACGCCACACUAACCGAACAAAUAGACUUGACGACACAAUUGCGCACACAAAGUGGCCGUAGAAGUGAUUUGUCAUUCUCUGUUAAGUAAAACCCAUUACCAGAAGCCAGCAGCACGACGGAUAGAUGAUUGUAAAGAACCACUUUUGUCCUUAGCAGCACAGUGUAAGCUGGAGCCAAGGUGCACCGCCGCAGUCCUUCAAGGCUGCACUUAAGAUGGUUUUCACAUCUCAAGUGUAACAAGGACUUCACUCCGAGGGGUCACUUGACUGUCUAAAGGAGUGCCUGACUCAAAGGGAGGUUUGCUAAAUUAGUGCAGCUCUCAAGGACCGCAGUCACCCGUCUGUACAAUAGUAGCGGUGUGGAGCUAAUUACCCAUGCCAGUGUUGCUGUGCUUCAGAGCCUUACACUCGAGCAAACUGAGCCUCCUGCCGAGCUGUGUUUUUUUUUUUUUUUUCCCCUAUCUACGCUUGGUUGGCAAUGUGAGCCGGUUUGUUCCAUUUUAUUGCAAAUGGAUGUUACAAUAGUUUAUUGUCAUAUACAGCUAUUGUUGCCAACAAAAUGCCAGCGUGAUGGUUAGUUUGCCAGAACCUGUGAUUUGUAUUUAUAACUACUGAGCCGCGUUUGUGUCCCACUCGAGCAGGUGGACUCGGGCGCAGACUCAAAAGUAGAGGUUUCUUUUUUAUAAUCCAUCUGGAACCAAACCAACCGCAUGUGUGUAAAUGUCCACUGCCAUUCUUUUGUUAUUCAUUAAACAUUUGUAUAUAAACUGAC